AUGCCAGACUUCGAUCCCAAGGAUAACGUGCGCAAUCCUGACUUGCAGGACCUCUACGAUGCCCUGGACAUCCACCCCGACGAUCAGCCCGUGUUCGACGUGUUUCGCGAGGAGCUCUUUGACAAGCUUCUCGAUGCUUCAGAGCAACAGCGCCGCGGCGGAAACGCGGAUAACCACGGUAGCCAGUCUGUCACGACCGAUGACACCGCCGCAGCCGACUUCAUGAACCGCCGCAUCACGUACGAGAUCGAGGAGGCUACAGACGAAGACGAGGAAGACAAAGACGAAGAAGACAUCCUGGUCCUUGCCCGCGGUUCGCCGCCGCCGAACAGCUGGGCCAAGGUCAAGCCUGGUCCUGAGUACGGCGAGCUACACUUCCCGGGCCACGCCAACUACACUGACAACGAGAUCCCUAUCACUGGCGACCACGGCUUCAUGCUCCUCCACCGCCGCCCGCGCUUCAAGACCUUCAGCCGCUACCUCGUGUCGAAAGACCACCAAGAGCUCGACCAGCUCGCGAUGACGACGCUGCACUACAUCGACAACUCGGAGCUGCGCAUCCAAACCGAGUCGUACACGCGCGAGGAGGUAGACUUCACCAAGGACAACCACGUCCGCAAGCUCGAGUACUGGGUCAAGCGCUUCCUGAUCAAGCACGGCGCCAACCCGCGCCUGCGCCGCGCCGAGCAGCACUCCUACCUCGAGGAGGAGCGCGAGUGGAUCCGCCGCACCUUCGAGCAGCAUCCGAACAUGCGCCUCGGUGAGCUGUGCAGGCGCUUCAAUGCAUACUGGGGCGGCCGCGAGGUGCCCGGCGUUGGGAAGCGGCCGACGAGGACCAAUGGCGCGCUGAUGAAUGAGGUGUACAGGAGCGACCUCAAGCAGAAGAAGGUUCCUCAGCUGCGCAGUGUUCCGUCUCGUUCCCAGAGCGGUAGUGUUGGCGGUAUGGAGAUUGAUGAGGAUGGCCAGGAGGAUGUUGGCGAGAAGGUGGCUGGCGAGGAGAAGGCCUCUGAAGAGAAAACUCACGAAGAGGAAGUUGGCGAUGAGGAGGACGGCGAGCACGAGAUUGACGAGGAGUACCUGGAAAACAACGGUACAGCCGGCGAUAAUGGUCACGGCUACCAGAUUUGA